AUGGAAACUGGUCAGGCUGUGUCCGGAGAGGGCGAAAGGUCUCACUCGGACAACGAAAAUGAUUUGGUCAUGGAACUUUUCGCCAAGUUCAAUAAUCCCACCAGUCGCCCAGAACAACCCGAACAACCUAAACCCGAGCCACUGGUGGUUGAAAUACCAGGAGUCACAGCAAGCCAUCUCUCUGAAUAUGAGUUUCUACCCGGCCAUUUCGAUGUCCGCUAUGUCAUUAGCGAAACAUCUGAGGCAGAUGCUGGGCUGAGCUAUCAAGUGAGGCUUCAGAGUGGCGAGACAGAACUGAUGUCCUUCGCGCAUCUUCAGUCUCUCCAGAACGGACCCGAAGCUCUUUCUAAUUUCCUUAACUACGGACCGGAUCACUACGUCUCCUCUCGAUCCCUCUCGGGUAGCUCUUCAGGAGAGCAAUCCUCCUCUGAUUCAUAUGCUCCCAAUAUGAGGCGUUCCCAACGGGCUACACGUGGUCGCCGAUCUGGUUUUACGGCAUUCUUUGAGGGCAUUAGCAGUGAUGACGAUAAGCGUCGCAGGAGAAAGAGGGGGACGCCUUCAAGCGAGGAUAUAAUUGCUUCAGCGGGGGCUACCUCUAAAGGACGUCGGGUACUACGACGCCGCACAAAUAAUAUGCGCACGAUCAUGUCGGAGUCUGAUGAGGAAAGCGACUAUAGUGCACCUAAGGGCACACGAUUUUCCACUAGGACAAGGAAGGCUGUGAGAAGAAAUCUGCGCGAAAGAAACGAGGAUGACAUCUCUGAGAACGAGGAUACUCCUAGGAUGCAGAAGUUUUUUGGAGCCAAGGAAGUCUUUCGCAAGAUCCCAGAGCAUGACUCAUUUCGCCAACGUCACCGGAAUGCGUGCGAAGUCUGUCAUAUCAUUGGAGACGAUUAUGCAAAAGGGCCUCUGGUGUUUUGCCAAGGGUGCACGAGUGCUUAUCACCAAGCAUGUUUAGGUCCACGGUCUGCGCGAGAACAUCUCGUUACCAAAGUAGGAGAAGAGCUCUUUCUUCUGCAAUGUCGGCGCUGUCUGGGGGUUUCGCACACAAAGGACCCAUCCAGUCCGCACCAAGGCCGCUGCUCUAUUUGCAAUAUCAAGGGAAAUAUGUCCAAGCCAAUCAAAGAACGUCUAACACCCAAACAAGAACAACAGCUCCGGCAACAAAAUGGAGGCAAAGAUCCUAUCACGCCUUAUGAUAUGUCACGCGUUAAUGAUGUGGACAAUGUAUUUUUCCGCUGCACUACAUGCCACAGAGCCUUUCACUUCGAUCACCUGUCCGAAAUCACGCAUAUGACCUGGCAGUGUCAGUGUUGUUCGUCGGCACCUGGAGAGGUCGGUGCGAUAGUCGCAUGGCGCCCAGUUGACCCUAAAUCGGAUGCUGCCAAGGAGGCAGAUAAGGAAUACCUCAUUAAGUGGAAAAACAAAUCGUACAACCAUACCACCUGGAUGCCGGGCAGCUGGGUUUGGGGGUUUGUGAACCAUCAUAUGCGCCGGGCCUUUUUGAGGUCUGAUAAAAGCCUCGAACCGCGUAUGACCACCGAGGAAGCGAUCCCGGAUGACUUCUUGCUGGUGGAUAUUGUCUUCGAUGUCAGGUUUUCUGGCACAUCACCCGAUACUGGUAAUAAGCGGACCUUCGAAGCAGAUGCUGCGCGGGUGGAUGAUGUGGCCGAGAUGUAUGUUAAAUUCAAAGGUUUACCAUAUGAGGAUGUCGCCUGGGAUACGCCCCCUGAUCGCAGCAACCCUGAAAGGUGGGAAAGCUUCAAAGCUGCGUUUGAAGACUGGGUCAAACGGGAAUAUACCCACAUACCAAACCAAGAGAAUCUAAGAAGACGUAUUGCCCACGUCAGGAAGCAGAAUUUUAGCUCCAAUGUUGUCAAAAAGGGCCAGCCCGAAACGAUGAGUGGUGGGGAGAUUAUGGAUUAUCAGAAGGAUGGAGUGGAUUGGCUCUAUUACAUGUGGUUCAAACAGCAGAACGCCAUAUUGGCUGAUGAAAUGGGUCUUGGCAAGACCAUCCAGGUCAUUGGCUUUUUUGCGACUCUUAUCCAAUACCAUAAAUGCUGGCCCUUCCUUGUCGUGGUACCGAACUCCACGUGCCCGAACUGGCGCAAGGAGAUCAAGUCAUGGGUUCCCUCAAUGCGGGUAGUCACAUACUAUGGAUCUGCACUCUCCCGGAAGCUUGCUCAGGAUUAUGAGAUGUUUGCUGAUGAUGACCCUAACCUUCGGUGUCACGUCGUGGUGGCUUCUUAUGAAACGUUGGUUGAUGAUGCAUCCCGGAAAGUGCUGUCGAAAGUUCCCUGGGCUGGUCUUAUCGUGGACGAGGGACAACGGCUGAAGAACGACAAGAGCCAACUCUAUGAUGCCUUGUCACGGAUCAAGUUCCCUUUUAAGAUUCUAUUGACCGGCACGCCUCUUCAGAAUAAUAUAAGAGAGCUGUUUAAUCUCCUGCAAUUCUGUGAUCCAUCCAAAAAGGCAGAUGAUCUAGAAAACGAGUAUGGAAAUCUCUCCCAGGAGAACAUCUUGGAGUUGCAUGAAAUGAUCCGCCCGUUUUUCCUGAGACGGACCAAAGCUCAGGUUCUCACAUUCCUCCCUCCAGUUGCUCAGAUCAUCGUCCCCGUUUCGAUGUCUGUGGUGCAGAAGAAGCUCUACAAAUCGAUACUGGCCAAGAAUCCGCAACUGAUCAAAGCCAUCUUCCAGCGGAAAAAAGGCAAGCAAACAUUGAAACAAACAGAAAAGCAUAAUCUGAACAAUAUUCUAAUGCAAUUGCGAAAAUGCCUGUGCCAUCCUUUUGUUUACAGCAGGGCCAUCGAAGAGAAAACGGCCAACACGGCUGCAUCGCACCGGCAUUUGGUGGAUGCAGCUGGUAAGUUUCAGCUUCUAGAGCUAAUGCUACCAAAACUCAAAGUACGCGGUCACAGGGUUUUGAUCUUUAGCCAAUUCCUUGAGAAUCUGGACAUUGUUGAAGACUUUCUGGAAGGUCUUGGGUUGAUGUAUCUUCGCCUUGAUGGGCGAAUGACAUCGCUCGAGAAGCAGAAAACAAUUGAAGCAUACAACGCGCAAGACUCGCCGUACUUUGCGUUUCUCCUGUCCACUCGAUCGGGUGGCGUGGGGAUCAAUCUAGCUACCGCAGAUACAGUCAUUAUCAUGGACCCGGAUUUCAAUCCACACCAGGACAUGCAGGCAUUGUCCCGUGCUCAUCGUAUCGGACAAAAGAACAAGGUCCUUGUCUUUCAACUCAUGACCCGAGGGAGUGCCGAGGAGAAAAUCAUGCAGAUUGGCAAAAAGAAGAUGGUCCUGGACCAUGUUUUGAUCGAUCGAAUGAUUUCAGAGGAAGACGACGGGCGGGACCUCGAGACUAUUCUACGGCACGGGGCCCAGGCCUUGUUUGACGACGAUGACUCUGGCGAUGUGCGCUAUGAUUCCGAAUCGGUUGAUAAGCUUCUUGACCGCAGUCAAGCCGAGCAGGCUAGAACAUCUGAUGAGAACAGCCACGAGUCUCAGUUCAGUUUUGCUCGAGUUUGGGCUAAUGACAACCAGAACCUUGAGGAUCAACUGCAGAAUGUAGAGGAAGAGCCUGCCCCGAGUGCAGACGUUUGGGAAAAGAUCCUACGAGAGCGAGAACAGGCAGCCGCCGAGGAAGCCCGACGAAAAGCCGAAACCCUUGGUCGGGGAAAGCGCAAACGGACGGCUGUGGACUAUGCCAAUGAUGCACUAAUGGAGUUAUCGCCUGUCAAAGACCGCUCUGAUGCUCAGGCGGAGAGCGACGUGGAGUUCAGAGCAGAUGAGGCAGCGGUUUCGGAGUCUGAUUCCGCGCCCGAUCUAGACCCCGAAGAGAUGGAACAGGUGGCCAAGAGGUCUAAAGUACGUCAUUUCCACCGCGUGCCCCCGCAGAGCUUGCCCCCGCCGAUGGAUGGCAGUGUAGAGGCCAGUCCCUAUCAAGGGCCACCCUGCAUCGCAUGCAACCAGGUCCACCCGGUCGGACAUUGUCGCCUGAAAAUGGCCGGGGUCGAGCACUGUCCGUUGUGUGGGCUCGCCCACUAUGGAUAUUCGCGGACAUGCCCCCAUUUGCGAUCGGAGGCUCAAAUCCACCUAAUGCUCCAGGCGCUGAAGCAGAGCAAGGAGGACCCCGAAACCGUGCAACUGGCUAAGAGAUACUUGGGUGGCAUCCGUAGUGAUCUUGCACAGCGUAAGAGACGGCUGGCCACUAAGGCUGCAUCAAGUCUCACAAAUCAUGGCGCCCCCACUAGUGCCGUUGCGACGGACUCGCCGGUGGUCGAUCUCACAACGGAUGAUGGCCCGCAGCCGGCUUUUCAACAACCACCACAACAAGAACCACAACAACCCCCAUUGUCGGUGCCCCUCAAUCCCCCGCGACCCCUUCAGCCUCCUCCUUUUGAGAACCGGCCAGUCUAGCCACGGGCUCUAAACUGUUUCCGGAAUAAGGUAUUUGGAUUGGCGCUACAGGUCACGGGUCCACGGCGGAAGUAUCAGGUACUCAUAGGCUACGAGAUGUACAUAAACUUAUUAGACUUCAGGGGAAACCGCCAGAAGUGGAAGGAUCCCCUCGAAAUUCCAGGCGAGGAAGGCGCUAGUCACAUGGCCGUCUUUCUGGUUGGUUUGGCCUUUUU